GUGCAAACAAAUGUCAAAUGUCGCACAUGGUAGUUGUCUAUUGCCAAAAUAUUUUCAUUAUCAAAAAAGACAAAAACAGAUAAAUAAAAAAACAAAUUUAAUUCUCACAAAAAUAUGAGUUUCGCACAAAAAAUACUUGAAAAAUAUGGAUGGAAAGAUGGAGACGGUCUAGGAAAGAACAAUGAUGGAAUAACGAAACCACUUAAAGCCAGUCUUAAAUUUGAUAAUGCGGGCAUAGGAGUUGAUAGAGCUGAUGAAUUCAACAAUCAUUGGUGGGAACGAGUUUUCAAUGAAGCUGCUAAGAAUGUGGAAAUUAAAAAGGACGGUGACAAAGUUUCAGUUAAUAGAAAAAACGACGAGUCUAUUGAGAUCACCACCAAGGAGUACUCCGUUCGAAAGCUUAAAAAGAAGAAACUUGACAAAUAUGAUAAUUUUCUAUCUACUGCAACUUUAGUCAAUACCGGCGACGAAGUAGCUAAUCCCUUUAAGAUUGAGGUAGACGAAAUUAAGGUUACACCGCACAAGCCUCUAACCGAUGAGGAACUUUUUGCUGCAUGUGGAGGUCGAACAGCGCAUAAGGGUGCUCGACAUGGACUCAAAUUAUCGGGCAAAUUGGCCCGAAUAGAACAACAAGAAAAAGAAAUGCUCUUAAAAAUGCAAACAAACAAUACAACGGAAGAAAAGACUCCCGAAUCUUGGACUGUUGUUAAGAGCAAGAAGAAAAAUAAAAGGAAAUCAGAAGAAGAAAAGGAACCCCCAGCAACUGAGGAAGUGGAUGAAGAAUCCAAGUUGAAUGAUACACUUUUUAUAACAGAAUAUUGUAUAAAAUCAAAGAAGAAGAGAAAGGAACAGAAGCAAACUGAAGAGGAGCUAUCAAAUUCACUUGGAUCGUUUAAUUUGGAAAAAGAAAGUGCUGAAGAACAAGAAAGUACUAUCGCUUUAGUUGAAAACGAAGAUAUUGUCAAAAAACACAAGAAAGAAAAGAAAUCAAAGAAAAACAAAGAUCGGGAUAGCAAUAAAACAACAUUAAUUCCAAUUGAAGACACCGCCAUUGCAUCAAUUGAAAAUUGUGAAGAAGCACAAGAAGAAUUUGCUAGUGUACCUUUAAAGAAGAAAAAUAAGAAAUGUAAACAUGGAAUUGAUAAGGAUGCUAAAAAAGCGCACAAAAAGGCCAAGAAGAUGAAGAAAAAUCUUCGCCAUAUAACAGAAGAUUCACAGAGAUCAAUUGUUAUAGAAGCGUAGGUAAAGGCACACUUUAUUUAAAUUAAUAAAUGUUUUAUCUUAUUCUAUAA